AGGUCCCGCUUGACAUGGCCAAGUACAAGCUAGUCCUGCUGAGGCACGGGGAAGGGGCCUGGAACAAGGAGAACCGCUUCUGCAGCUGGGUGGACCAGAAGCUGAGCGUCGAUGGGGUGAAGGAGGCCCAGGCCUGCGGCAAGCACCUCAGGAACCUGGGCGUCAAGUUUGACCUCGUGUUCACGUCCAUCCUCAGCCGCUCCAUUCAGACUGCUUGGCUGGUGCUCGAGGAGAUGGGGCAGGAGUGGGUCCCCACCGAGGCUUCCUGGAGGCUGAACGAGAGGCACUACGGGGCGCUGAUCGGCCUCAACCGGGCGGAAAUGGCUCUGAACCAUGGGGAAGAGCAGGUGAAGAGGUGGCGGCGGAGCUACGACGUCACCCCGCCGCCCAUCACGGAGUCCCAUCCGUAUUAUCACGAGAUCUACAACGACCGCCGGUAUAAGCAUUGUGACGUACCCUUGGAAAAACUCCCCAAGGCUGAAAGUUUAAAGGAAGUCCUUGACAGACUCCUUCCCUACUGGAAUGAGAGGAUAGCGCCGGAGGUAAAGAAAGGAAAAACGGUUCUCAUCUCUGCUCACGGGAACAGCACGCGGGCUCUGCUGAAACAUUUGGAAGGCAUCUCUGAUGAAGCCAUUGUCAACGUCACCCUUCCCACCGGCGUUCCGGUUCUCCUUGAGCUUGACGAGGAUCUGCGCCCUCUCGGCCCACACCAGUUUCUGGGUGACCAAGAAGCCAUCCAAGCUGCCAUCAAGAAAGUGGAGGAUCAAGGGAAAGCCAAGCCGGUGGAGAAAUAAAGACA